UUUGCAGGCCUGCAAAACAUCCACGCUCUGACGGCCUCGGGCGCUUACCAGUUGCGGAUCGACUUCACCAUAUUCGACGGCCGCAAUUACUACGCUCUCUACAAUGACUUCUCGGUGGGCCGGAACUCGCUGGACCCCGAGAAGGACGGCUACCCGCUGCUUGUGAGCGGCUACUCUGGAAACGCAGGCGAUAUGCUCACCCAGCAUUCUGGGAUGAAGUUCACCACCAAAGACCGCGACCAAGACAAGGCAACGAUUGAAAAUUGCGCCAAUCUCUGGAAGGGCGCUUGGUGGUACAAAGGCUGUCACUGGUCCAACCUGAACGGGCUGUACAAGGCAACCGGCACCUGCGACGGUAGCAAUGCAGUCUGGGGUCAUUUGGCGUCAUCAUGGCAUACCUGCCUGAGAUUCGUGGAGAUGAAGAUCCGGCCCAGAAAGUGAGCGGUCAGCCGGCGGAGCCUGGGAACGGCAUCCCCGUGGGAUCACGUGGGCGCUGCCCUACGUCACCCAUUUGUGCAGCGCUCGUCAAGUAAGAUGGCGGUGCGCAAAUGUGUGUCGGAUUUGGCCCGGACAAAUUGGCUCAAGUGCAAUCCCGAAUUUCACCAGGAGCUUGACACGAGAGAGACCUGACAAACGCUUAGUUGGAAGUUAGUUCCUCAAAAUGAACUCUUAUUAAAGGGCAGUUUGGCGCUGUUGCAGU